CCGGGCUUGUGGUGCGCUGCUCCCUCCUCCUUACCCCCCCCUCCCUGUCCGGUCCGGGUUCGCUUGCCUCGUCAGCGUCCGCGUUUUUCCCGGCCCCCCCCAACCCCCCCGGACAGGACCCCCUUGAGCUCGCCCCUCAGCUGCCACCAUGAGCGACCAAGAUCACUCCAUGGAUGAAGUGACAGCUGUGGUGAAGAUUGAAAAAGAUGUUGGUGGCAAUAAUGCGGGUAGCGGCAAUGGUGGCGGUGCCGCCUUUUCUCAGACUCGAAGCAGCAGCACAGGCAGUAGCAGCAGCAGUGGUGGCGGAGGAGGGCAGGAAUCCCAGCCAUCUCCUUUGGCUCUGCUGGCAGCAACCUGCAGCAGAAUUGAGUCACCCAAUGAGAACAGCAACAACUCCCAGGGUCCGAGUCAGUCAGGGGGCACAGGUGAACUUGACCUCACAGCCGCACAACUUUCACAGGGUGCCAAUGGCUGGCAGAUCAUCUCUUCCUCCUCUGGGGCUACCCCUACCUCAAAGGAACAGAGUGGCAACAGUACCAAUGGCAGCGAGUCUUCCAAGAACCGCACAGUCUCUGGUGGGCAGUAUGUUGUGGCUGCUACCCCCAACUUACAGAACCAGCAAGUUCUGACAGGUCUCCCUGGAGUAAUGCCUAAUAUUCAGUAUCAAGUAAUCCCACAGUUCCAGACUGUUGAUGGGCAGCAGUUGCAGUUUGCUGCCACUGGGGCCCAAGUGCAGCAGGAUGGUUCUGGUCAAAUACAGAUCAUACCAGGUGCAAACCAACAGAUCAUCCCAAAUAGAGGAAGCGGGGGCAACAUUAUUGCUGCUAUGCCAAAUCUACUCCAGCAGGCUGUCCCCCUUCAAGGCCUUGCUAAUAAUGUGCUCUCAGGACAGACUCAGUAUGUGACCAAUGUACCAGUGGCCCUAAAUGGGAACAUCACCUUGCUACCUGUCAACAGCGUUUCUGCAGCUACCCUGACUCCCAGCUCUCAGGCAGGCACGAUCAGCAGCUCUGGAUCCCAGGAGAGCAGCUCACAGCCUGUCACCUCAGGGACUGCCAUCAGUUCUGCCAGCUUGGUGUCAUCACAAGCUAGUUCCAGCUCCUUUUUUACCAAUGCCAAUAGUUAUUCAACAACUACUACCACCAGCAACAUGGGAAUUAUGAACUUUACCAGCAGUGGCUCAUCAGGGACUAGUUCUCAAGGCCAGACGCCCCAGAGGGUUGGUGGGCUACAAGGGUCUGAUUCUCUGAACAUCCAGCAGAACCAGACAUCAGGAGGCUCGCUGCAAGGAAGUCAGCAGAAAGAGGGAGAGCAAAGUCAGCAGACACAGCAACAACAAAUCCUUAUUCAGCCUCAGCUAGUUCAAGGAGGACAAGCUCUUCAGGCCCUUCAAGCAGCACCAUUGUCCGGACAGACCUUCACAACUCAAGCUAUUUCCCAGGAAACCCUUCAGAACCUCCAGCUUCAGGCUGUUCAGAACUCUGGUCCCAUCAUCAUUCGGACACCAACCGUGGGGCCCAAUGGACAGGUCAGUUGGCAGACCCUUCAGCUGCAGAAUCUUCAAGUUCAGAAUCCACAAGCCCAGACAAUCACCUUGGCCCCUAUGCAGGGUGUUUCCUUGGGGCAGACUAGCAGCAGUAAUACCACCCUAACACCCAUUGCCUCAGCUGCCUCCAUUCCUGCUGGCACAGUCACUGUGAAUGCUGCUCAACUCUCCUCCAUGCCAGGCCUCCAGACCAUUAACCUCAGUGCAUUGGGUACUUCAGGGAUCCAGGUGCACCAGCUUCCAGGCCUGCCUUUGGCUAUAGCAAACACCCCAGGUGAUCAUGGAACUCAACUUGGUCUUCAUGGAUCUGGUGGUGAUGGGAUACAUGAUGAGACAGCAGGUGGAGAAGGAGAGAAUAGCUCUGACCUCCAACCCCAAGCUGGUCGCAGGACUCGUCGGGAAGCAUGUACAUGCCCCUAUUGCAAAGACAGUGAGGGAAGAAGGACACACAUCAACCCCGACUUUGUUCUGACUGCUUUUUGGCUAAUUUAUCUUUUUUUUGUUUUGUUUAAUCUAGGAGAGAAGAAAUUUGCCUGCCCUGAGUGCCCUAAGCGUUUCAUGAGGAGUGAUCACCUGUCAAAGCAUAUCAAGACCCACCAGAACAAGAAGGGAGGCCCAGGUGUAGCCCUGAGUGUGGGCACAUUGCCCCUGGACAGUGGGGCAGGUUCAGAAGGCACUGCCACUCCUUCAGCCCUUAUUACCACCAAUAUGGUAGCCAUGGAGGCCAUCUGUCCAGAGGGUAUUGCCCGUCUUGCCAACAGUGGCAUCAAUGUCAUGCAGGUGACAGAGCUGCAGUCCAUUAAUAUCAGUGGCAAUGGUUUCUAAGAUUAGACACCCAGUGCCAGAGACAUAUGGGCCAAUACCCACUAAGCCCGGGAUGCAAGGUAGCAUGGGUCCAAGAGACAUCUGGAAGAGAGAGCCAUGAGGCAUUAAUGUGCUUGGUGGUAGGAAGAAUUGGGAGAUGGUACAAAAAAAGAGAUGGGAUUGUGGCACCCAUCUAUGUCACUGGUGACUCCUUGAAAAUGGAAAAUAUUAGUGAAAAUUCUGUUGGUGCCACCCUUUGAUCAGCAUUUAUCUCAUCCCAGGUUCUUCUUACACUUCUUACCCCAGGCUCCUCUUCCUGUUUUUCCCUCUUAGCUCUCCCAUGAUGGAUCCCCCCCUCCCCUUUUCCUAAAGCCAUCAUGCCUUGAUAAAUAUAUAUGAUCAUUGAAAUACUUUUUAACAAAAACAGAUUCUAUAUUAUAUAUAUAUAUAUAUAUAUUAAAAAAUAUAUAGAGAUGCUUUCACAGGGGCUGGCUGGGAGGAGGAAAAAGACCAUUCUGUGACCAAAAUACCUUGGUCUUUUUUUCUUUUCUUUUCUUUUUUUUUUUAAAUAUUGCCUUAUUUCUCAAUGGCUGAGCCUUAUCAUGACACAUCAAGCUUUCCUUAUAAAUGUUGUCCUGGCAUCCCACCAGAGGAAGCAUUCAUACUUUCUGCUUUUAGUUCAUAUAUACAUAUAUAAUGUGUCUUCUUUCUUAAUUUUGUUAUUUUAUUUGGGAUCAGCUCCUUGCACUCCUUUCCUGACUUAAUCCUUUUUGUCUCCCCUUUCCUCACACGAUCACUUCCUGUGUUGUUUUUGACAGUGAUUCCUGGAUUAGGCACUUGUGUUAAUAUUUUAAAGACUUUAGUUCCAGCAACGGAGUGGAAAAGCCUGAAGUGUAGUCUGAUGCUUGAAGUAGCUAUGGAGGGAGUCAAAAUACUACUGACGCAAGCACCUUCUUAGUGCUGGAGAGUCAAAACCAUCUCCCUUUUUUAGCUGUUGUAAACAUCAGAAAUCAGAAGUCUUUCUGUGGAAUUGUACAAGAGGCCCUUUGAAGGAGAUAUACUUUUAAAAUGGUCAAAUAGUAGGCAGCAGCUUUCAGUAUGAAAACGAUGUUCUCAGAAAAGGAAAUAACUCUUAGUCUUGGGUUCAGAAGUUAGUGGAAUUAUUCGGAUUUCAGUAUCAUUGUCUUCCAAAUAGCUUAAGCCUCAAUGUAUGGGCUUCUGAGUUCACACUCUGAAAGGAAGUACACUUCCUCUUUUGAACAUUUCUGUAGUUCCUUCCUAUUAAUGUUUUAAAGUUAAGGAGCAUCAGUCAGCGACCCUGUUUGGACUUUCCAUCCUGUAGAGUGCAAAACUUGUGCCAGUGGCAAAAGUGGUUCUUUAAAAAAAAAAAAAUGUCCCCCUUAACUCUUCCUUAGAUAUACUUGGGUGGUUCCUAAGGGAAAGGGAAGCACACAAUCAUGGGAACGAUAGCCCAGAACACAAAGAAAUCUUGUCUUACCACUGUGGAUUAUAGGAGAAACUGGGAGAAAUUAUCCUGCUUUCUCUAUGGCCUGAUUCCAGAAGAGACUGAUCCAAACAUUUUAUCGGCAGGGAAACUCAGUGCAUUUGACACUGAGACUUAAAUGCAACCAGAAUUGUCCUCAAGGCCCAGCCAUUAAAGCAUUGUCUCUCUUGACCUUCUGCUAUCUUGUCAGAGAGCUUUUCACUGUGAGGAAGUAUGGAAGUGGUUGAGUGUAUGUGUGAAAUCUAUUAGGUUGGGGAUAGGUUUUCUGUUAGCCAAUAUUUAAAGAGACCUGCAAUAAAAAAUUACCCUGAUCUGAUAGAGAAACUAAAUUGUUUUUGUAUGACUGCGUGUGAAUGUAUUUGUGCCUGUAUAUAUCUACAUGCAGAUGAGAACUUAUAUUUGAAAUUGUUGGAAAAUAAAUUCAGAUCAAAACGCCUUUCAGGUCCAGUAUCUAGAAAUUGGUCAUAAAACUUGGGUAUGUUCCUAAGGUCAGUUCUCUGCUUAUGCUAAAUCGGUUAACAGUUAUGGGGUGGGGGGAUAUCCUAGUGCACUUUCUAAAGAAGAAACUAUUUUUGUGUUUGAAAAUGAAAUCAACAUCCAAAUCUAUAGUGGAUUCCUUAUUCUAACUUCUCUAUCUUGGCUACAAAUAGAUUAUAGUGUUAUUAUACGUUUUAUGUAAAUUCCGUCUAAACUAGUUUCUUGAUAAGUUUAUGGUAUUGUUAGCUUGAAAUACUAACAUUAGUUUUUUCCAUUUGGUCCUUUCUGUGCAGACUUAAUACUGUUAUCAAGACUCAGGAAAUAUUUCAAGGGACUGUCCCCAAAUCACAUGUUAUUAAUGUUGAAGUAAAAGUUAUCUGUCCUCAGCCACCAUCACACCUUUUAUUCCUAAAGAAAAGCAGAACUCAAACAAACCGUGUUAUUUUACAUUUAUAAUCAUGUACUUGGGCAUCUCUGGAGGAAGAGGGCAGGAUAACUCAGUGGAGUGUGCAGUAUUUUGCUAGAAAAUUUCAAGAAUAGAAUCUUGUUCAGUAUGAGGUGAUUAGUUAUAAGCCGGCUUCGAGAUGCUGAGGACUGUAAGCCUUUGGAUAAGUUAUCUGAUGGUGUUUGCUCUCUUGGGUGAAAAGCUGAUAUUGACCCUCAGUGUCUACUACAUUAACACAGUACCAUGAAUUAUUUACAUCAGAUUCUUUCUGCUUUUUAAAUUUCCUUCUCCGGUGUCUUAUUUGACCAUAAAAUGGAAUCAGUUUCUGCUCUUGUCUCCCUGUCUGUGAGCCACUCAGCCUUUUCCAAAGUUAAGAGACUACAUUCCUCUAGUCAGGGUCUCAUGACUGACAAAUAACCUUUCCCCAAACUUUUGGCCUUCAGAAUUUAACAUAAUUGGCAUGCAUAUUGAUUCUGAAAUUCUUUUCAUUACAUUUUUGUUGUUUGGUUUGGGGUUUUUUGUUUGUUUUGUCUCAUUGAGACAGGG